AUGCCCGACAUUGAAGAACAGCUACAAUCUGCGCUCUGGCUCAGUGUCGGCAGGAUUGCUGACGAACGAAGCAUCGAUAGUGAAGGCAGCGUGAGCGUGUCUGCUGACUUUAUCGCCUCACUGACAUCCUACGUGUGGAUGCAGCUGCAAAACAUGACACUAGACGUAGAACACUUUGCCGCGCACCGGUCAUCACAAGUGGUGGAAACGGUGGACGUGAUGCUGUGUGCACGCAAGAACACGGAGCUCUUGAAUGAGAUGCAGCGCCUCUUGGCGGAACAGCAGGCGGCGGCAGAGAAGGAGGCACGGCGCGUUGCAUAG